AUGAUCGAUUCGUCAGCAGAUAUACCUUCGAUACUGAAACUUCAGUAUCUGUUGUCAUCAUUGAAGAGUGAGGCGGCGCUGCUGUUCGAGCAUACCACAUUGACCGCGGACAACUAUGCGACCACCUGGGCCGCGCUGCUGAAACGGUAUGAUAACCCGCGCAUGUUAGUCCGUGAUUAUUAUCGAACAUUGCAUCACCUUCCCGCGAUGCAUGAAGGAUCUGUGGAUGAAUUGGCGCAGCUUGUGGACGAGUUCACGCGGCACGUGAACGGUUUAAGAAAGCUGAAGGAACCGGUUGACAACUGGGACACUCCCCUCACCACAUUGCUGUUCUUCAAAUUGGAUUCAUCAACCAUCCUAGCUUGGGAAAAGCAUUCAUCGGCCAGCUCCAAGGAUAAGUAUUCAGAUCUAAUCGAUUUCCUGCAGGAUAGAAUCCGAAUCCUUCGUUCGUCCCAAACGUUAGCGAAGAUAUCUGAAUCGAAACAAACGCCGGUGGUACGGUCGUGCAAUUCCGUCUUCCGUUGCAACAAGUGCAACGCACGUCAUCACAGCAUGUUGCACGACGAUUCACCGCCACAGGUAACCAUGAACGUAGGUUCGAGCAAUGAAAUUGUGGUUCUCGAAACGGUGGUUCUCUGGUUAGUCGAUGACCAUGGCAUUCGGCAUGAAGCACGAGCGUUGUUGGAUUCAGGAUCCAUGUGCAAUAUCGUGUCCGAAUCCCUAGCGCGGAAGCUGCUGACACGUCGUACAAAGAUCAACGUUGCAUUGACAGGUAUCGGUGAGGGUGUUCAGCAAGCCAAGGGUUCGAUCAUCGCAACGGUGCAGUCAAAGUCAGCGCCAUUUUCGUCGCCACUUGAGUUCCUGAUAGUGAACUCCCCUUGUGCUGAGAUACCGACUGCCCCAAUCGAUGUUGCUGGUUGGAAAUUCCCUGACGUUCCGUUGGCUGAUCCUGCCUUUAACCUUCCUUCAAGAGUUGAUGUGAUCAUUGGGAGUGACGCAUAUUGGGAUUGGCAUACCGGAAAGAAGCAGUUACUGGUCAAAGGCGGUCCUUGGAGACAUGAGUCUCUCGAUACAUUGCUGCAACGGUUUUGGGAGAAUGAGACCAAUCUAGAGGGACCCGCUCUCUCGCUUGAGGAAGAUGCUUGUGAGAAGCAUUAUGCUGCCACUACAACGCGUGAUCACCAUGGUCGUUACAUCGUUUGUCUGCCUCGUAAUCCCAGAGCAGAUAUAGUAUUGGGUUCAUCAAAGGAGAUUGCGGAUCGACGACUGAUGGCUGUGGAGCGGCGAUUGAAGAUCAACCCUGAAAUGGAGAUGGAAUAUAAGCGUUUCAUGCAAGAGUACGAGGAACUUGGUCACAUGCGAAAACUUACCGAACCAGUGGAUGAUAGUGUUCCGCAUUGUUAUAUUCCGCACCAUGCGGUGGUGAAGGAAUCGAGUACAUCCACAAAAGUACGGGUCGUGUUUGACGCGUCCUGUAAAACGAGCUCGGGAUACUCCUUAAACGAUACGUUACUAGUUGGCCCAAUUGUCCAGGAAGAUCUACUAACGAUUAUAUUGCGAUUCAGGUCCUACGCAAUCGCAUUAGUGGCCGAUGUGGAGAAAAUGUACCGGCAAAUUCUCCACAACAUCAUCGAUCGGAAUCUGCUACGUAUCAGGUACCGAAAGAGCCCCCUGGAUCCGAUAUCGACCUACGAGCUGAAUACCGUUACUUACGGCACGGCGUCAGCUCCAUUCCUCGCCACUAGAACGCUCCAGCAGGUUGCGCAUGACCACAAAGAUCAAUUCCCGAAGGCAGUUGAUCCCGUGUUACGUGAUUUUUACGUCGACGAUCUACUAACAGGAGCGACUGACCUUAACGAAGCAGUAGAAGUGCGAAAGCAAAUCACCGCAAUGCUCGAUUCAGCUGGUUUCGCAUUGAAAAAGUGGGCAUCUAACGUUCCAGAAUCGCUUCUAGAUGUCCCAUGUGAAGAUCUUGCGAUUCAAUCAAUGCACGAGUGGAAGGAUGGUCAAGCUGUUUCGACGCUGGGGCUGGUUUGGGAACCCGCCAACGAUUCGUUUUCCUUCAAGUCGGUCGAACGGCUUACGCAGGAGCUGGUGUCCCAGUUGGAAGAACGGCACGUGCGUACUAACCCGGAGGAAUGCAGUUCGAUCGUUACCGGCGUACAGUUCAAGAUAGGCGAAAAGGUAACAACGGGGCCGGGUGGAACGGUUGCCUUGGCGCUGAACGAUCGUCUGCACGGUGAUCCGCGGGUUAAAUCCAUAAAAAGCCAAGAUGUGAAAAGUGUGAAGAAAGAGCAACAGACCAAAAUCGCCAAACCGGUAGUGGAAACCGUUACGAAGGUUUCCCGCGUUCGGCAACCAGUAGUGCCAAAGGGUGGCUCCAUUAUUACCAGCAGAACACCGGCAAAACCUUCCAUCGGCAGUCCAUCCAUCGUCCGUUGCGAAACCACUCGCCACAAACCGUACGCUCAACGUUCGGCGACGAAAAAGCUUCAACGUGACGCCACCCGGCAGCAAGCAGAAGCUCAACCACCAGCGGUGCCGAGUGGCAGCCGCCGGAUGGUAACCGAUGUCGAAAAUCCCACUACGGAAGG